AGCUCUUCCUCAUUCAGUCAGAUUCUUCAGUAAGAUAGGGUUCUUUUUUCCUUUUUGUUUGAAUCUGAAUAGAAUAUAGAAAGCCGGCUUCCUCAUACUCCUCCUCUUCAUUCAUUGAGUUGGAGGCUUAGUUAAGGAGGCCCGCCCGUUAUGCAUUGCAUGAAAGAACCUUUCUUUUCUUCGUAUGACUUCUCUUUUGCCUCAGGUCGAAUGAGAAAGGGAGAUCAAUCAAAAAUAAAAGCCAUGAAUGAAGAAGUAGUGGGCCUUUCACCCUCUUUCGUUUGACUCGGGGAGCUGAGCUGAUCUGAUAAAUGCACUUCAAAGGGGGGGAAGCUAGGUUUCCCAUGUUGGUAUGGCCGGGCAUAAAAGAUUUGGUUGUUAGGUAAAAAAGAAGAGGUAGAGAGAGAGAACGGAACCGAUAGAUUGCUCCGUACGAAUUUACAAUGGAAAAACCCCUCUUCGUUGUAAGAUUACUGAAGGGUCAACAAUUUGGAGAAUUUGCUUUUACACGGACGAGAACAAAUAUUGGACUGGGAAAAAAGAGGGGAAAAGUCAAGUUUAAGCGCAUAUGGCACGAAAAGGAAAUCCGAUUUCGGUAAGACUGGAUAUUAAUCGUAGUUCAGAUUCAAGUCGGUUCAGUGAUUAUUAUUAUGGUAAAUCAGUGUAUCAAGAUGUCAAUAUGAGAUCUUAUUUCGGUUCGAUACGUCCACCUACGAGACUCGCCUUUGGCUUUCGUCUUGGUAGGUGUAUUAUUCUACAUUUUCCUAAAAGAACAUUCAUUCAUUUCUUUCUUCCCCGUCGACCACGACGACUGAAACGAGGCGCAAAAUCCAGAACCGGAAAGGAGAAGGGCCGGUGGUGGGCAUUUGGGGAAGUCGGGCCGAUCGGGUGUCUUCAUUCAAACGACGGUACAGAAGAAAAACAAAACGAAGUGAGAGGCCGGGUGGCAGGGAAAAGAGUCGAGUCGAUCAGGCUCGACGACCGGGAGAAGCAAAACGAAAGAAGGAUUUGGCCGAAAAAUAAACAAGGCUAUGGAUACCAUGACCGAUCACCAUCGAUAAAGAAGAAUCUUUCUAAAUCACUUCGGGUCAGCGGGGCCUUCAAGCAUCCGAAAUACGCCGGGGUUGUAAAUGACAUAGCAUUCGUGAUAGAAAAUGACGACUCCUUCAGAAAAACGAAGUUAUUCAAGUUCUUUUUCCCAAAGAAGUCCCGCUCCGACGGCCCGACGAGUCAUAUACUUAAAAGUACCCUCCCUGCAGUGUGCCCCUCCUUUCAUUAUUCGGUCAUGCAAUACUUAUUGAAUACAAAGAACCAAAUGCAUUUCGACCCCGUCUCCGUUCUAAAUCAUUUCGUGGCACCGGGCGUGACUGAACCAUCUACGAUGGGGGGAGCUAAUGCACAGGAAAGAAGCUUAAAUAAAAGAAUACGUUCUCAUAUCGCUUUUUUUGUAGAAAGCUUGACCAAGGAGAAAAAGUGUUUGGCCGAAGCCAAAAAGAGGUUGACCCGCUUCAUUCGCCAAGCGAAUGAUCUUCGCUUCGCGGGAACAACAAAAACCACCAUCUCGCUUUUUCCUUUCUUCGGUGCUACCUUUUUCUUUCCAAGGGAUGGGGUUGGGGUGUAUAAUAACCUUUAUUUUGAGGAUGCCCGGGAAAAAGUCCUAGGUCAAUUAAGGAAAAAAUGUUUUAACCUUUUGGGUAAGGAUAAGGUAAUGGAAUUAAUAGAUAAAUUCCUAGGUAGGAUAGGAGAAUUUCUAAAAGGAAUAGAGAUGAUGAUAGAAAUCAUACUGAGAAAGAGAAGAAUUCCAUACGGAUACAACUAUUAUUUGAACGAAGUGCAAAAAAUGCGAUCUUUGUUGUCUAAUAGAGCAAAGACUAAUACCUUAAUUGAGUCGGUCAAGAUAAAAUCUGUUUAUCAAAGUGCUUCUCCGAUUGCUCAAGACAUCUCUUUUCAACCGAGAAACAAAACAAGAUCAUUUCGUUCUAUUUUUAGUAAAAUAGUGAAGAAUAUGAAAUUAGUAAUGAAAAAAGGGGUGGAGGGGAUCCGUAUAUGUUGUUCAGGUCGAUCAGAAGGUGCAGAAAUAGCUAGAACUGAAUGCGGAAAGUUUGGAAAAACAUCUCGUAACGUAUUUAACCAGAAAAUAGAUUAUGCUCCUGCUCCAGUAUCUACUCGUUACGGAAUCUCAGGUGUCAAAGUGUGGAUUUCAUAUAGUAAAAAAAAGGGACGUGCUAUAUCCGAAACGUACGAAAUAUAGUAAAUAUCGUAAAGGCAGAUGUAGUAGGGGUUGCAAACCGGACGGUACACAACUUGGUUUUGGAAGAUAUGGCACUCAAAGUUGUAUAGCUGGUCGUCUUUCAUAUCGAGCCAUUGAAGCAGCGCGUCGGGCUAUAAUAGGACAUUUC